AUGAGCCAAGAACACGAUCCCCUGCUCGCGGCGCUGAAUGAGGACGGCCAGGGCGCCAACUCCGGAGGCGAGGCGGCCUCGCAGCCGCAGGAGUCGUCAGAAGAGUCGAUGCGCAAAUCGGCGCUCACUGGGCUGAAAAACAAACUGAUAGAACACAGUCAAUGGGAGAGUCGCCUGAAAGAGGCCCGCUUGGGAAUACGAGACCUCGAGAAAAAGUUCACCAAGACAGAGGAUGACAUCAAGGCAUUGCAAUCGAUCGGCCAGAUCAUUGGGGAAGUGCUCAAACAGCUGGACGAGGAAAGAUUCAUAGUGAAGGCUUCUUCAGGACCACGGUACAUAGUGGGUUGCCGGUCGACCAUCAAGCGGGAAAAACUGAAGAAGGGAGUGCGGGUGGCGCUGGACAUGACCACAUUGACCAUCAUGCGCAUCCUGCCACGAGAGGUGGACCCAUUGGUGUACAAUAUGACGACGUUCGAGCCGGGCGAAAUCUCGUUCAGCGGAAUCGGAGGUCUGACCGAACAGGUUCGGGAAUUGAGAGAGGUGAUCGAAUUGCCGCUGAAGAACCCUGAGCUAUUUAUCAGAGUCGGUAUCAAGCCCCCUAAAGGUGUGCUGUUGUACGGUCCGCCAGGAACGGGGAAAACGCUGCUGGCCAAGGCUGUGGCAGCGACGAUCGGCGCCAACUUCAUUUUCUCGCCUGCCUCGGCCAUCGUCGACAAGUACAUCGGAGAGUCGGCCAGAUUGGUGAGAGAGAUGUUCAGCUACGCAAAGGAACACGAGCCAUGUAUCAUUUUCAUGGACGAGAUCGACGCCAUUGGAGGCCGCAGAUUUUCCGAGGGAACGUCCGCAGACAGAGAGAUCCAGAGAACGCUGAUGGAGCUGCUCAAUCAGAUGGACGGUUUCGACUACCUUGGACAGACAAAGGUGAUCAUGGCCACCAACAGACCCGACACUUUAGAUCCUGCGUUGCUCAGAGCCGGAAGACUGGACAGGAAAAUCGAGAUUCCGUUGCCGAACGAGAGCGGAAGACUGGAGAUUUUCAAGAUCCACACCUCGAAGAUCAAGAAGCAGGGCGAGUUCGAUUUCGAGGCGUUGGUCAAGAUGAGUGACGGCUUCAACGGUGCAGAUAUCCGUAACGUUGUCACCGAGGCCGGGUUCUUUGCCAUCAGAGAGGAUAGAGACUACAUCAUUCAAAGCGACCUGAUAAAGGCUGUGAGAAAGAUGGUCGACAACAAGAAGCUGGAAGGCAAGCUCGAGUAUGAGAAGUUAUAG